AUGCUUGAUAUGCUAGACAAUAUACACGUCAAGGAUGAUUAUUACAAUAUUGUCAAGACAAAAUCCUCAAAAACAGGAACUACAACAAUUCACUCGUCAAACGGAACAAAUCCAAAUUGGACCAAAUUCUUGAUGAAAAUGAACAAGUAUAAAUUUUUCACAGCAUUGCCAAAAGAUCUUCAAGAAGUACUUAAAACAGGAGACAUACCCUAG